GCCUCAAACAACUAUCUGGAAUAUGAUCUGUCUGUUCAGUUGUUUAAACAUAUAGACAUAAUAUCUCGAUAAUGGGGGUAAGAAAUUUCCCCAAUAUAGGUAAAUAAGUAGUGAUAAUAUUUUGAUGAAAUGGAUAUUUAUUUAUUUUUUAUAAUCUUUAUGAAGCAUCAAAUACAUGAAAAGAAGUUUACUUGAUGCUGGGAGGGCUUGAAGUUACACAAAAUACAAUCCUUGAGGAGCUUAUAAGGAACAUAAAGACAGAUAAGACAAAGCAACUGCUCAAUAUCCCAUCAAUGUAAAGCAAUUUUUGAAAUAUUUCAUGAGACCAGUAAAAAGACAUCAUAGUCUUUGCUCAGGCUGUCCACGAAGAAUUCAUACACAAGAUGUUUGAUAAAUUCACCACAGAGGAGAUAAGACAAAAGACAUUGUAAAGAUUACAGAAGAAUUUGGAAGAUGUUUAAUACCAAAUAAAGAUGUUUGAAGUACAAUCAUUUUAGCCAUGGAUAGGUUAUUUGUUUGUGGUUCCAAAUGCCAUAGUUAUUGUUAUUAUUGCUGCUGUUGCUCUUACUACUAUUAUUCUUAUUAUGAGAGAAGGAGAAGAGAGUGUUGCAAAAAAAAAAAAAGGUUGAGGAGGUUCAGAAAAAUACAGGUACCACAGGUAAGUCAAGGGGAAAAGAUGGUGAAUAUGUUUAUUGGUGAGUACAUCAAACAAAGGAUAAAAUAAAUAAGCAAUUAGUCUAGGAUAAGGAUAUGGUGGCAACAACCAACAAUGUUAUUAGUGAAGUAGACAUGGGUGAUGAACUUUCAGAGAUUUUGUUGAAAAGGUUAAAGAUAAAGGAGGGGAAAAGCAACAUUAGUAAUCUAAGAUGAAAGAAGGAAAAAGCUAAAUUAGUACUGCAAGAUAUCAUGCCGCAAUUUAUCGAUGUUUUGCUUUUCAGAAAGUGGAAUAAAAGAAAGCUGAAAAAGUUGGAAAACUGAAGAUGAUAAUGAUGCAAUAUUAGGGCAAAGUUUAAGAGACUCUAAGAACUGAAAGCAGGAACACUGUUGAUGGAAGGAAUGUACCUCUCUUUAAAAGAUAGACAAGGGACGAGAAAAAUAAUUCAAAGGAUAAGAAAUUAACAGAAAAUGACAAGCAGAUUCAGUGUGGGGUAAAUGCAUGAGGGAAGGAGGUUUUGAUCAGCUUGAGCUAUUGUAGGAAGUAAAGUUCCAAAUGAUUUCAGUAUUGUAUGUCAUAGCGGUAGAAUAUAAGACAACUUUGACAUUAUUAUGCAUACAGUGCUACUUCUAGAAGGGAGAUUAUUUCCCCCAUUAUUGUCUAUAGCCUGAAAAUGAGAAUGUAAGACUGGAAAAACACCUAAAAGAUUUUAUUCCAGUUAUCCAAAAUUAUUACAUUAUCUUCAAAGUUCCUUAAAAAGCCAACUAUAUAAUCUAUAUAUUAAAAAAAAUAAAUAAAAGUUGCCAUGUGUGUUAGAUUAGAACUGUGCUCCAUGGGAUUUUCAGUGGUUAAUUUUUUAGAAACAAAUCACCAGGCCUUUUUUCUGAGACACCCUGGGUUGAUUCAAACAUUGAACCUUUUGGUUAUCAACAUUCGUACCACCCAGGGACUCCAUCUAUAUUUUAACUAUUUUAUCAUUAGAAAAUUAUAUGUUCCCAUAUGUGUCAUUUCUAAGAAAAUUGUUGUGAUUUUCAGUUCAUUCCUGAAGUAGAAAUAUUAUGGAAGCUAUUUUGGAUGUUAGAUUAUGUAGUGCUUCAGUAAAAAAAAGAAAAAAAUAAUAAUUGCAAAAAGGAACCAGAGAAGUUAAUCUGUAAAUGACAACAACAUCAGAACAAUACAAGAGGGACUAAGUGGUGUAGGUAUAGAACUUUCUAAUGGACAGGAAGGCAAGGUAAUACCAAGUAAUAAUAGACUGGUUCAAACCUAGAAAGAUAAGCGUAAAUUUCAAGGUAACCAAAAAGAAAGUUAACCAACCUUAUAAUCAAAAUAAAGAAAAAAAAUAAAGUCUCAAUAAAAACAAAAUCUACAAAAAUAAAAAAAAGAAAUGAAAAAGAAAUCCACAAACAAAAGGAACUCAGCACAUGAGAGUAAGAGGAACAAAGGAAACAUUAAAAAACAUUAGCACCACAAAAAUAUAUAUUAAACACUUAUAUCUGUCUUAUUUCUAAGAAAUUGGUUGUGAUUUUCAGUUCAUUCCUGAAGUAGAAAUAGGAAUAUUAUGGAAGCUACUGAAAUAGGAAUUUUAUGGAAGCUACUGAAGCACUACAUAAUCUAACUUCUAAAAUAUUAGGAAUAUCAAUAGGGGUUAGAAUCAGAGGAGGGCAAGAGAAAAAUAAUUGAAAGCCAUCUUGUCAUAAUUUAAUUCUUCAUGUGUUCAGGGCUUCUCUCAUUGCCUCCCAGGUGUGAGCUACCUCAUCAAAAGAUGCCCAAUUACACCAUAGUGAUGGAAUUUCUCCUGAUGGGAUUUUCUGAUGUUUGGGAACUACAGGUUUUGCUUGCUGUAUCCUUCUCUCUGAUGUAUUUGGUGACUCUCAUUGGGAAUUUUCUCUUUGUUUUUGUCACCACCUUGGACAAGAGCCUUCACACCCCCAUGUACUUCUUCCUCAGGAAUCUGUCCAUCUUGGAUGCAUGCUACAUUUCUGUAACAGUCCCUAAUUCAUGUAUCAACAACCUGCUUAACAGUAGUGCCAUUUCAAAGGCAGGUUGUGUAACUCAGGUCUUCCUAGUGGUUUUCUUUGUAUAUGCAGAGCUGUUAUUCCUCACCAUCAUGGCCCGUGACCGCUAUGUGGCCAUCUGCCAGCCUCUCCACUACCCUGCGAUCAUGAACCCUCAAGCCUGUGUCCAGAUGACACUGGCUUCCAUCCUCAGUGGUCUGGUCUACUCAGGAUUCCACACAGGCAUCACUUUCAGGCUGCCAUUUUGUCAGUCCAACAUUAUUCAUCAGUUUUUCUGUGACAUUCCCUCUCUGCUGAAGCUCUCCUGUUCUGACACCUUCAGCAAUGAGAUCAUAAUCCUUGCCUCUGGUCUGGUGAUUGGUGGAGGCUCUUUCAUCUUCAUCAUCAGGUCUUACAUUUACAUAUUUUCUACUGUGCUCAAGUUCCCAAGUGGAACUGACAGAGCAAAGACCUUUUCCACCUGCAUCCCUCAUAUCCUUGUGGUGUCUGUCUUCCUUAGCUCAAGCUUCUAUGUGUACCUAAGGCCAUCUACAAUCUCUGCAACCAUCCAAGAUGUGGUCCUUUCUCUGUUCUAUUCUGUAAUUCCCCCCUUCUUCAACCCAAUUAUCUAUACUCUUAGGAAUGAACAAUCAAAUGUGCCCUCAGGAAAAUCAUGAAAAAAAAUUUCAAUUAGGAAAUUGCUUAUGCUCACCCUAAUUUAUAGGUGAAAUUUAUGUCUUCAGCAAUAAAUUGAGAUUAUUAAUUGGAAUUAUAUGAAUAUACUUUACGUAAAUAUAAUAUACAAACUCAUUCGCAUAUAUCAUUUAUCAAAAUCUUUCCUUUCUGAGGGUUUUGAAUGAUUUGAAUUGGCAAAUGGGUAAGA